AUGUCCAGGUGUUCGAGCCACAUAAUCCCUGUUGAGCAAUGGUGGCAUUGCAAGAUCCCUGUCAACGUGCAUAGGCGGCUAUGCUACACGACCCCAACUCAGCCACCCUGCUACUUAGCAUGGUCCAGGCCAACCCAGGCCUUCCUGCCCGAGAUCAUCGCUAGGAAACUUCCCCGACGAUGGCGAGCGCACAACCGCCUGACAGGCGCACAAGACACCCUGAAGCCCAACGGCCGUAUUAAGGGUAGAUUCCUCGCAACAGCCCGUCACGGCGACCAUUUUGGCAAAUUCUCCCCUGGAAAUGUGACUUGCUUGGAGAUCGAAGCGAGCAGAGGCGAUGUGGAAAGCUUUCUCGAUGGAAACGUAACAUAUUUGCCAGAGUUCCUUCAGGGGAAGCCCGAGCUCUGGAAGUAUAUUCGACACCAGAUCAUUGAAUCCGCGGGAGGGAUAUCCCUACUGGUCCGCCUCUACUAUACCCUGCUUCUCGACGAAAAGAACUUAAAGGGCGUCCGAGCGCUGGGACAGAAGCUGCAUUCCAAGUCGGGAGUUUACGAUCACGCAUACGGUGAGACGAUGAAGAGGAUCGAGCAACAGAGCGCCGUCUCCCAGGAUCUCGCCAAGAGAGCUUUAGCAUGGAUUGCAUUCUCUGCACGACCACUCUCUGCUGUGGAGCUACAGGACGCUAUAGCAGUGGAAAUUGGUGCACCCGAGCUCGACGAAACCAAUGUAACUGGUAUUGACGAUAUAGCUUCCGUCUGCUGUGGGCUAGUCGUGGCGGACAAACACGCCAACACCACUCGGAUGGUACAUCUCACGGCCCAGGAGUAUCUGAAUCGGACCUGGCAGACUUGGUUUCCGGACAUGCAUGAAUACUUGACCAAUACAUGUCUUACGUACGCAUCGUUUGAGGAUUUUGACGAGCGGCGACAAGCAGUGCCGCGACCAGAGUACCCUUUCUAUUCGUACGCAGCUCACGAGCUAAGGACCCAUCUGCGUCACAGCUUGGGCAAAUAUUCGCUUCUCAUGACAUUCCUCGAGAAUGACUUGAAGGUUUCUCGGUGCAUGUGUGAGAUGUUUGGUCUGGAAGCGGGGCUCAAAUCCCCUGGAAUUCAUCUCGUAGCGCUGCUCGGUCUGGAAGAUCAUGUUCCCAAGUUCAUCUUUCGUCCUGGGACCAAGUGGGCGGACGCUCGGGCGGACGCUCGAGACCACCUUGGCCGUACACCUCUAAUAUGGGCUGCUGCGCAAGGCAACAGCAGCGUGGUCAGUACCUUGCUUGGUAUCCAAGCCGAUAUCAAUGCCGAGACACUCGAGGGUUUCACACCACUGUUCUAUGCAGCAGCAUAUGGUCAUGCCGAAAUGGUUACCAUGCUGAUCAACUGGGGCGUGUACAUCCAUUCUCAGACACGCAGUAAGGAAACUGCACUUUUCGCUGCUGCCAGAGGCGGGGCCGGGGUUUAA